CAACUCAACCAGCCACACAACACCACUUCCAACACCAGCACCCCAAUACCAUCCAGCAACAACACCACUUCCAACACCAGCUCCACAACACCAUCCAGCAACAACACCACUUCCAACACCAGCUCCACAACACCAUCCAGCAACAACACCACUUCCAACACCAGCACCACAACACCAUCCAGCAACAACACCACUUCCAACACGAGCACCACAACACCAUCCAGCAACAACACCACUUCCAACACGACUGCAGCUCCAACACCUGCCCCACUAGUGCCUGACAGCAAUGUGACAACUGUUAAUACCUCUUUUACUAGAGAUAAUUGUAGCAAGACACAGCUGUGCGUUUCUCAGCCCUCUGGCUGCGACCCCUCCAGUGGGACAUGUUUCUUCCUUGGUAGCCAAGCGCUGGGAGGUCAGAAUUUUAAGUUUUCACUUUCAGGACAAUCAGACGGCUACGCUGCUCUCACCCUGUCACGGAACACCACACAGGGAGUCAAUGACACAACCUACAUCUGUGCAAAUGACAACAAUGUAGUCAAAUACAUAAGUGCUCUUCUCAACAAUGGCAAGCUGAAUCCCACAACGCUUCAAGUCAACAAUGUGAAGGGCAGAAUCAAUGGAAAGAACAUCCAGUGUCAAUUUGAUGCCACAGUACCAGUCUCUACUAGAGCCCAAACUAAAGCAGCCGCAGACAGUACAAGUUUCUCAAUGUCAGUCUCCACUGGAACUUAUAAUGCCACUUCAGGGGAUCUGGGUAGCCCUACUUUCCAAAUAACAACUAAUGUGGUAAACCUGAGUGAUGUUAAUGCCACCGUCACCAAUUUGGUUAGUUCCAACUCCACCAACACCACCACCACCACCACCAAACCCACCACCACCUCUGCUGCUAAUGCAAUUACAAUCCAGCAAUCAAUGAUGCAAGCUUUGCUGAUCACUGUGGGCAUCCUGACUCUGAGCUGGCUAUAAGGAAACUGAAACCUGCCCUACAUAACAGAU